GCUACAGAGCUGCGGAAUCGGAGUUCCUGCUCUUGGUCUGACUGACAACUUCCUUCACCAACGGAAGCUUCGAGUGCGUGUUAAUGGAUAAAUCUGUGCCCCGAUUGAGGUGGAAAGUGGUGUUCACAGGGGUCAGUGCUGGGACCGCGCUUAUUCCUGGUGUUUGUCAACGACCUGGCAAGACUUAUCUCCUCAAAUUUCCUGCUUUUCGCCCAUAAGGUCAAGAUAUUGCAGGCGCUUAAUAACAAUGAGGAUCACGAUGUACUCCAGCAUGAUCUGGAUUUCAUUUAUGAAUGGUCAACGUGAAAUCUGCUUGAGUUGAACAUAGCUAGGUGCAAGGCAUUCCAUCUGCAUCGCCAGCCAGUGAGCAUUUACCAGCUUGGAGACCACACCUUGCAGAAGGCUUCACAUGUGUGACCUGGGUGUACAUUUACAGGAAGAUCUUGGAAGCUGAAAAAAAGCAGAGAAGGCGUCGAGAACUGUUAAUCAACACUUCGGCCUUCUUCGCAGAGCGUUCGAUCGGUUUGAACCCUCCAUUUCCCCCAAAAUGUUUAACGCCUAAGUGCGACCGCAGGUGGAAUUUGCUAGCCAGGCUAGUCAGCCGUUGGAGAAACAGGGUCUUGUUGCUCUCGAAGCCCAUCAACCAAAGUCAACAAAGGACGUAAGAACUCCUUUCAUCUUCUCUAUCAGUUUAGAAUGUAAUCUCUAAGAAUGUACAGUAGUUGAUAUCGACGUUGCGGGGAUCUCAUAAUUAUUUACCAGAUUCUGAAGAGCCCAACCCACAUUUACCGUCCGCUGCUGGAAUUUAACCACAACACCAACCUAGGAGGUCAUCCUCUGAAACUGAAAUUACAGUAUAGCCGGCUUGAGUGCCGUGGAAAUUGCUUUUUUCUCCGCGUGUGCCAGCGUUGGAAUGCCCUCCCUUAGUAUGUUGUCCCUGCUCCCAAUCUGGCGAUAUUUCGAAAGCGAUUUGACGAUGCGUUGUCUCAUUUGUUUUUCAUUUUAUGACUUGUUAGCCAGGGGCUACAAAACGCAAUCAAACGGUGUCUUGCCAAAUUCUCAACCAGUGGUUUCAUGGAUCUAUACUCUUACUACGCGGACAUCUCGCUAUUCUACAUAAGUCUAUGAGUGAAGCGGGCAUAAAUGUUCCUAAGCCCACGUUAUGCGGAGGCGCUACAAAACGAUCCGGCAACUACGAACAUCCAUUAUAAAAUGUGUAAAAAAAUUGCUCAGCUAACCAAAGUUGUAUUUAUGCUGAACAACAAAAAUGAAGAAAACGAAUGUCUCAUAGAGGAGAUAACAUCAAAACAUAAGCAAGAGAUCACCAAGCUACGCGAAGCAAAUCAACACAAAAAUGUGCACUGCAAUGAAGUAAUUGAUGAAGGCGCGUUGCACAGAUCCAGAGUUUCGGUGCUGGAAUUAGAGUUGGGCAACGCGAAGUUGGAACUGGAAUCACAAAAGAAGGAGUAUGAAGAAUUGCUCAGCAAGGAACAACGAAAGCAAUGUACUUUGCGGGGGCAAGUGGGUAAACUCGAGAAGGCUUUGGAGGAUGCCAUUGAGAUUAGAAAUCAAGAAUGCAAACGCUUCAGUGAGGUGCAACGAACGUGGGAGGAGCACAAAUGCCCCAGUUUGAGUCCGCUGAUUAAUACAAACCAGCAGCUUCAGAGACAGCUCAAUGAAGCAAACGACAAGCUGGAGGAAAAGUGUAAAGAAACAAUAGAAGUACAACAAAACUUGUCCAAGCUAUUUAAGGAGCAACUCGGUUCGCUUACUGACGAAUUACGAUCAAAGUCAGAGCAAGUACUGACCCAAGAAAGGACAAUAGAACUGCUUCGGCGAACUGUGGUGGAAUCGGAGGCAGCUUUGGCCGAAGCAAAAACGGAUUACCUAGAAAAAGAAGAAACUCUCAGGGAACAGCUCAUGCAAGAUUAUGAGCGGAAAGCAGAGACAGAGCGUCAACGACUUUUGCAACAAGUCGAUAACAAUGCUGACCAAAUCAGACUCACCUAUGAGUUCAAAUUGCGUGCAAUAAAAGAGCAAUUGAAGGAAAUUUUAGAACAGUUCAGAAAGGAAUCGUUCAGAGUGCACAUCACACAAGAGUUCCGAAACGACAUUAAGCAACUGGGCGAAUACCUAUCUAACAUUAGACGUUGGACCACCGUGUUGAGACGCCAACUGCUCGAGGAAAAGGAGCGAAAUAAGAAUAUAAACGAUCAAAACAGCAGCGAGAUUCAACUCCUCAAAUCGGAAAAUCUCAAACUUGCCGAACAGAUGGCGAAAUUACGAAGAGAGACACAGAUACUACGAAAAGCGCAACGGAGUAAUGGGGAAAGUACACGAGUGGAGAUGGCCAAGGACACGGAACGAAGGUCCACAGUCCUUGAGACGAAACUGUCUGAAGCAACAGCCGAACUUGAGCAAGUGAGACGAAGUUACACGGCACUAAGGAAUCUGGUCUCACAGUUUAUUGGAACGGCAGUCCCUAAUGUCACUCUCAUCCGAGAACAACAGGUGCAACUGAAAGAUAGGAUGCAUGAGAGUAUAGCCUCGCUCAGUCACACUGUCCAGACAUACCGAAUGAAUACCACGCAAAGCAUUCUGAGGAUGUGCAAACGCUUCAAUCAGACAAAUGUGGAUAAUCUGAACGAGUCCCUGAGAAAAGCGAUACGCAGCGAAGUUGAGAUAGACAUCCGAAAGGAAACUGAUCAAGUUAUACGAAAACUGGAAAAGCAGAUGGAGCUGGAGUCUUUAAAAUAUCGUAAAUCAAUUGAGUCCCUGCAGAAAGAGUUGGUGGCAGAGAAGUCUCGUACGGUACAAAAGAUUUGUCAAGUCCGCGUGGAAUCAGAGCGAUUGGAAGCAAAUAUGCGAUCCAUCGUGAAGGCGGCGGAAGAUGCACGAGAUCAGGCGGUUUCUGAGGCUUCGAAAAAUCGUUCCAAAGUCGAAAAGUUGGAAGUCGGUCUUGGUGAGCGCAAACAGGAAAUGGAAAAAAUGCAGCGCAAAAUCGAGCAAUUAACACAGAAACUAAAACUUGAGAAGAGUACACAAUUCACUGAGUUGACAGCAUCACUAGACAAGAAGUGGGCGGAGACAUUGGGUAGAGAAUGUGCUCGCGUCCAGAAGGAAACUUCGACCAAGCUGAAAGAAAAUUAUCAUAUGAUGUUAACCGAGCAUCACCUCACCCAUCGAUUAUGUAUGGCCCAGAUGGAGGACAUGGUGAUGGGAAAACUCCACGCCUGCUGUGAGCGAGUUCAGUUGAUCGAAGAUACUGCAAUUCGGUUACAAAAGAAGUUUGCAGACUUGAGGCAACGAAAAAACGUGUCAACGAACAAACAAGACACUGUGAAGCCCAGCAGCCCAUCCCCAACGCAAGUUACGCUGGUGCAAAAAGAAAGUCAGUACAACUGCCCAAAUCAACGGAAGCAGAGCUCAAUGCAACCGAAAAAGUGUCGAGAUUCCUGCGAGAAGGCAGUUGGGGUCGGUACCUUAAAUGCGGAACCGGCAUUAGACAGGAUAAUAAAACACGAGAAGUCUGUGGCAUGCAUAUUUUUGGAACAAAGUCUAUGUGCGUUGGAUAACCAACUUGGGCUGGCGAAAUCCGAAGCCGCUCGUCUGAGAGAUCAAUUAACGUGUGAGCGUGAAAAAGGACGAUCAGAGGCAGAGGAAAAUUUUAAGUCUUUGCUGAGCAGACAAAGGGAAGAGUUUGAGGUAUUAAUUCAGAAACAGCGAAAUGAGCAAGCCGAUAUUUUGAAACAACAGAAGAUGGAGUAUGAAAAGGCACAAAAUAUACUGAAAGCGAAAAUUUACGAACUGCAUCAAAAGUUGCUGGAAGUGGAGUAAAGAAAUAUAGCCUAACGAAAAUCGUUCUCACCAUCAACCUACUGCCUUUCGUCAGCCUGCCAAGGAGUAUACCUUCUUCUGCCUAACUUGGAAAACCGACUUGACAGAUUUGCAUAUGUUUCUUUGAAAUACAUCACCUUCCCUAUAA